AGAUUAUAACUGGCUUUAAGGAGGCUGAUGUCUAAAUUAGGCAUGCCACUUUCCUUACAAGGACGAUGAAGCCAGAGAUCUGCCUAAGGCCAACCCAUUGUCUUCAUUUCCUUGGGGAUUGAAACCCAUGAUUGUGAGUUCCUCAGAGAAGUGAAAGCAGUCUAGAGGGAUCCAGUAAUUCCUGUUAUCAGCAGGCUUUAUAAGUCAGUGAGCCAGGAGCUGUGUCUUCAUCCAGACGGAAGUCACAGGAGUGCAAAGAUGUCCCUGCACCCAGUUUCCUUGCGCCUGGCCUCCUUGCUGCUCUUCUCACUUGUCCUCCAUGGUGCCCUGACCCUGAGGCUCUGCUCCUUCAAUGUGAGGUCCUUUGGAGAGAGCAAGAAGGGAAACCACAAUGCCAUGGAUGUCAUUGUAAAGAUCAUCAAACGCUGUGACCUUAUACUCCUGAUGGAAAUCAAAGACAGCAGCAACAACAUCUGCCCCAUGCUGAUGGAAAAACUAAAUGGAAAUUCACGGAGAAGCACAACAUACAACUAUGUGAUUAGUUCUCGACUUGGAAGAAACACAUACAAAGAACAGUAUGCCUUCUUCUAUAAGGAAAAGCAGGUAUCUGUGAAGGCAAACUACCUCUACCAUGACCAUGAGGACGGAGACAUAGACGUAUUUUCCAGGGAGCCCUUUGUGGUUUGGUUUCAGUCGCCCUUCACUGCUGUCAAGGACUUCGUGAUCGUCCCCUUGCAUACAAGUCCCGAGACUUCCGUUAAAGAGAUGGAUGAGCUGGUUGAUGUCUACAUGGAUGUGAAACGUCGAUGGAAAGUGGAGAAUUUCAUCUUCAUGGGUGAUUUCAAUGCUGGUUGCAGUUAUGUCCCCAAGAAUGCCUGGAAGAACAUCCGUUUGAGGAUGGAUCCCCACUUCGUUUGGCUGAUUGAGGACGAAGAGGACACCACAGUCAAGAAAAGCACCAGAUGUGCCUAUGACAGGAUUGUGCUCCGAGGACAAGAGAUAGUUAACUCAGUGGUUCCACGUUCAAAUGGCAUCUUUAACUUCCAGAAAGCUUAUUCGUUAUCUGAAGAGGGGGCCCUGGAUGUCAGUGACCACUUUCCAGUCGAGUUUAAGCUCCAGUCUUCAAGGGCCUUCACCAACAACAGAAAAUCUGUUGCUCUAAAGAAGAGAAAAGGAGGCAAUCGCUCCUAAGUACCAUGGUGCCAUUUUAUUAAAGCCACUACUUGCUUCCAAAUAAAAUGGCUCUCGGAGGUCUAAACUAUCUGAACACUC